UCCCACUCUGGCACUCGUCGUACUCGUUUGUAAUCAACCACUGAUCCGGAUCUCCUCCACACCGACUGCCAGCGCUCGACAGUCAUGCCGACGUUGGGGCCCUCGGCCAUUGCGGGGGCGUGUGCAGGUCUGGUGUCCUCCAUCGUCACAUGCCCCCUGGACGUGGUCAAGACGAAGCUGCAGGCUCAGAGCACAUCCAAGCCGGCAGUGAAAGCCCCAAAUGUAGUCAGCGGCGGCAGUAGCAGCGCAGGUGGAACGAUAGCAGGCCCUUCCAAGAGCGGGCCAGCGGCAGCAGUGAGAGGAGCAGGCAGUGCAUCUGUGGGAGGAGCAUCUCUUCCGCCUCAUGCCUUUGACGGAGAAGGAGACAGGGUGUACAGAGGACUAUUGGGAACACUACGGACAAUCUACAAGUACGACGGCAUCCGUGGCUUCUACCGGGGGUUAGGCCCAACCAUCUUCGGCUACCUCCCAACGUGGGCAAUCUACUUUACAGUCUACGACGGUUGCAAGGAAUUUCUGGCCAAGAAUGCGGGAGAUGGAGAAGAAGACUUUAUUAACCAUAUCGUUAGUGCGCUGACGGCUGGUGGAGCCAGUACAGUGUGUACGAGUCCGCUGUGGGUGGUCAAGACAAGGUUCAUGCUUCAAUCUGCCAAGCCUCGGGAUCCAAUGCAACCACCGCCCUACAAGCAUACUCUUGAUGCCUUCAUCCGUAUCAUGCAAGAAGAAGGUCCACGUGGCUUCUAUCGGGGACUUCUUCCUUCUCUGAUGGGGGUAUCUCACGUAGCAGUGCAGUUCCCCCUCUACGAGACAUUCAAGUCCUGGGCUCGGGAAGCUUCAGGAUCGAAUGGCGAAGGCGGGCUUGGAGGAGCGGACCUGCCACCUAGGGUGAUUCUGGCUUGCUCCAGCUCGGCAAAGAUGAUUGCGAGCGUGCUGACGUAUCCGCACGAGGUAGUCCGGACACGGUUGCAGAUGCAUCCCCGGUCCAAGGCCCCCAACACAACAGCCGCGGCGGCGGCAGCAGCAGCAUCAGCAGCGGCAAAUGGAGCACAGGGGGCACAAACAAUACGGACCCCGACCCCAGCAGCAGCGGGGUCGGAAGCAAGGAGAGGCUUUUCUACCGUAGCAUCCAGCAGCAGCACAAAUACCAACACAAUAGACACACGGCGGCAUCACACGUCCACGACUUUAUCCCCUCUUGGCACAAGAGCUUCGCCCUCGUACUUCACCCCUCACUUCCUCCGGACACGUCCACAGUCCACCUCGUCCACAGCGGCAGCGUCAGCAACAGCAGCAGCCGCGUCCGGCGCUCCACCGCAGAAGUAUACCUCUCUUCUGCGCACAGUGGGGACAAUCUUCCGGGAAGAGGGCCUGCGGGGCUUCUACAACGGGAUGGGCGUCAAUCUGGUGCGCACUGUGCCUUCGAGCGCGCUCACGAUUCUCACGUACGAGGUGAUGAUGCAGCACCUUACCGGUGGCGGUGGCAAGGGGGAUGAGGAUGAGGGCGGUGGCGAGCAGGGAACGAGAGAGGAGCGGUAGUGCCGUCAUGCCGCCCGGACAAGCACGGAAGAGGAUCUAAAGUAAGGAGGUGGUACACAGAUCGGAGCAGGUGCUCACCCGCACACAUGGUGCAUAGGCA